UUACGUCACUUUGCGUUGUCGUCUUCCGAUCGCCGGUCAAAUGGGGCAAGGCUGCCUGGCAUUCUUGCUUAUAACAUUGUAACCGUUACAGCAAUAACUUUAGUUUGUCAUCGAGGGGCAAAUGGACCCUAACCGAAUCAUCCAAGCUCUUAAGGGCACGAUUGACCCUAAUCUCAGAAUAGCCGCGGAAAAUGAACUUAACCAGUCCUACAAGAUCAUCAACUUUGCCCCCACCUUGCUCCAGAUCAUUGUAUCAGAUCAGGUUGAGUUUCCUGUACGGCAAGCAGCUGCCAUCUACCUGAAAAACAUGGUGAGCCAGUACUGGCCGGACCGGGAACCUUCCCAUGGAGAACUUGUGUUUCCCUUCAACAUUCAUGAAAACGACCGGCAGCAGAUCAGGGACAACAUCGUGGAGGGGGUCAUUCAGUGUCCUGAGUCCAUUCGGGCUCAGCUGAACGUGUGCCUCCGUGUCAUUAUCAAGCACGACUUCCCUUGCCGCUGGACUGGUGUCGUGGACAAGAUCCGGUUGUACCUGCACUCCCAGAACAGCACCAGCUGGUAUGGCAGCCUGCUGGCUCUCUACCAGCUGGUCAAGACCUACGAAUACAGGAAGGCAGAGGAGAGAGACCCCCUCCUGGCGGCCAUGCAGAUCUUCCUGCCCCGAAUUCAGCAGCAAAUCACUCAGCUGUUGCCGGACGCCACUGUUUUUUCAGUGCUGAUCCAAAAGCAAAUUCUUAAAAUCUUCCAUGCACUGGUGCAGUACUCAUUGCCACUGAACCUGGUGAACAACACGGUUCUGACCCAGUGGAUGGAGGUGCUCAGGGCCAUCUUGGAUCGAGAUAUCCCUCCUGAGACGCUGGAGGUCGAUGAGGAUGAUCGCCCGGAGCUUGUUUGGUGGAAGUGCAAAAAAUGGGCAUUACACAUCAUUAACAGGCUGUUUGAGAGGUAUGGAAGUCCUGGCAAUGUGACCAAAGAGUACUUCGAGUUUGCAGACUUCUUUCUGAGGACGUAUGCAGUGGGGAUCCAGCAGGUUCUGCUGAAGGUAGUGGACCAGCACAGACACAGACAGUAUGUCAGUCCCCAUGUCCUGCAGCAGGCGCUGAACUACCUGAACCAGGGCGUCUCCCACUCGCUCACGUGGAAGCAGAUAAAGCCGCACAUGCAGGCCAUCUGUCAGGAGGUCAUUUUCCCACUUAUGUGCUACAAGGAUGAGGAUGAGAAGCUCUGGCAGGAGGAUCCGUAUGAAUAUAUCCGCAUGAAAUUCAAUUUGUAUGAUGACCAUGCACUGCCUGCCACUGCUGGCCAAAGUCUCCUGUGCAAAGCAGCCCGGAAGAGGAAGGAGGUUCUGCCUCAGAUGAUGGAAUUCUGCCACCAGAUCCUAAUGGAUCUAAACACUGACCCCCGCAGGAAGGAUGGGGCAUUGCAUGUUAUUGGUUCACUGGCUGACCUCCUACUCAAGAAGAGGGUUUACAAGGACCAACUGGAACUAAUGCUGCAGAACUAUGUAUUCCCCCUGCUGAACUCAAACCUGGCAUACCUCCGGGCUAGGUCGUGCUGGGUCCUGCAUUCCUUCAGUCCCCUGCAUUUUCAUAAUCAUCUUGUCCUGUGUAACGCUGUGGAGCUGGUGAAGCAGAACCUCAUUGCUGACAAAGAGAUGCCAGUCAAGGUGGAGGCAGCCAUUGCCCUGCAAAUGCUCGUCAGCAACCAGGAACAAGCCAAGGUCUACAUAAGACCCUACAUCAGGUCUGUGAUGCAGGAGCUUCUGCACAUUAUCAAAGAGACGGAGAAUGAUGAUCUCACCAACGUCAUCCAGAAGAUGAUCUGCGAGUAUAACGAAGAGGUGGCAGUCAUCGCUAUUGACAUGACACAGAACCUGGCGGAGAUCUUUAGCAAGGUCUUGCAGAGUGAGGAGUAUGAAGAGAGUGAGGACAAGACUGUGAUGGCCUUGGGUAUCCUCAGCACCAUUGACACGAUCCUCACUGUCAUGGAGGACCACAGAGAGUCGCAAUGUGAGCAAUUUCCUCCGGGAUUAAUAAAGUCCCCUGAUUCUGAUUCAUCUCUGCAACCACAAAGGCUGAUUCACAGUAACCACAGUAACCCUUCCUCAUUCCACGCAAUCACACAGCAGUUGGAGGGAAUCUGUUUGCAAGUCAUUGGCCUUGUGCUGCAGAAACCUAUAAUAGAGUUCUAUGAAGAGAUCUUGUCUCUGGCCUUCGGCCUGACCUGUCAGGCUAUCUCCCCCCAGAUGUGGCAGCUCCUGGGGCUUCUCUAUGAUGUUUUCCAGCAUGACUGCUUCGACUACUUUACAGAUAUGAUGCCUCUCCUGCAUAAUUAUGUGACAGUGGAUACUGACAUGCUGUUGUCCAACUCCAAACACCUGGAGGUCAUUUACACCAUGUGUAAGAAGGUCCUCACUAGCGAUGCAGGUGAGGAUGCAGAAUGCCAUGCUGCCAAGCUGCUGGAAGUCGUCAUCCUGCAGUGUCGCGGAAGGGGCAUCGACCAAUGUGUCCCCCUGUUUGUGGAGGCUGUCCUGGAGCGGCUGACGCGUGGCGUGAAGUCCAGCGAGCUGCGGACCAUGUGCUUGCAGGUUGGCAUCGCGGCGCUGUACUAUAACCCCACCUUGCUGCUGCACACUCUGGAGAGCAUUCGCUUCCCACAUAGCCCAGAGCCCAUCACCACGCAGUUCAUCAACCAGUGGAUGAAUGACACAGAGUUCUUCCUGGGGCUCCAUGACCGUAAGAUGUGCAUCAUCGGCCUGAGUGUGCUGAUGGAGCUGCCCAGUCGGCCGGCUGCAGUGGAAGAGGCGGUUGCUCAGAUUGUUCCGUCGAUCUUGCUGCUUUUCCUGGGUCUGAAGCAUGCUUAUGCUUCACGGAUGCUGAAUAAACCAGACAUUUUGGCCAGAAGACCUGUCUCGGAGGAGGAUGACAAUGAGGAGAUCUCUAGUGAUGACGAUGAGGUCAACGAGGUUAACCGCAAACGAAACAUCAGUCAGCAGCCUGCCAGCUCAGCGGGUGGAUUGGAGGAUGACGAUGAAGAGGAGGAGUACUGGGACGAGGAAGGUCUGGAGGGGACGCCCCUGGAGGAGUACAACACUCCCCUGGACUAUGAUAAUGGGGAGGACGAGUACCAGUUUUUCACUGCCGCUCUGCUCAGGGUGCAGAACACAGAUACUCAGUGGUAUCAGUCCCUGAUGGCACCGCUUAGUAACGACCAGAAGAAGCAGCUGCAGGAGAUCUACAGUGUGUCCCAGCAGAGGAGGAGUACAGGCAUCAAAGGGCAGUGAACUUACCACACAGUUGAAUUCACUUUGAUCUAUCAGAUCAGUGGGGUUUUAAUGUGAGUGGAUUACGGUCAUGGCCUGGGCCAGGUCUGGAGCUACCCUUCAGACUGCUUUACCGAAACCCCCAGACCAGAGCUGAGGCGCAGAGAGUCAGGAGGAUUUAGGGUUUAGGGUCCUCUGUCUUUCUGUCACUGACCAGCUGGCUCAACCAUCAGUAUCUGCACUAGUGUGUGUGAAGAAAAGUGAUGGACAAUUCAUUGUAUCCACUGGGUACAUGUGCUGGCGUUUGUCCUUCUCAUUUUCUAAGGACUGAUAGGUCAGAGGCCCGUAACCUCAUCGGUGCCAUGCAGGCUACGGCGGGUUUCUGCCUGUCCAGCAGGACUUCAGCUUGUUUUCCUACACAGACACACCGCCGGAGUGAGACGUCGGAAAGCUCCCCGUGGAACUAAAGGCACAAGCAGGAGUCGGACACUUUUGUAACAGUUUUCAGAAUUAACUUAAAUUCAUAAACUCUGGUUUAACACCA